AUGCCAGAGGAGAGCCUGGCCAGUGGACCUCUGCCAGUCCUGACGUGUUACUCAUGGAGUCCCCUGCGGGGGUGGCUCGAGCACUGCGGCCCGGGCAGGGCUCUGGUCAAGUAUGCUCUCUCUGACACUAUCACCACAUCGACACUUGUGCAGGUCUUCCCGGUACAAGCAAUCGUGUUCCUGUCUCUCAAUGGACGCAACCUGACCAACUGGGGAUCGUUCUCUGUCCCACUAUUACUAAUGAGUGAACAUGAUAGUAUAGAGAAGUCUACCAACCUGCUAGCUCAUGACAACCAUUGUCCAUCCAGUUCCUUCGCCCCUCUACCCCAGCAGCUGCCGUUCGACUGUGAAAUACGCUUCAACAGCCCCAUGACUCCCGUGGAUAUCCACCAUGUAUUCCAUGUUCAGCCCAGCUUCUCCAUACAGACUGGUUUGUACUCAUGCCACUUUGAAGCCCUCAACUCUCUGUCUCCAAAUACCAGUGUUUUGACAUCAAACGUGACUUUGCGAGCCAUCAGUGACAACCUGGUCUCUGAACCACUGGUCAUACCUUUCCUGCCUUCUGUCUUCCUGCCAUCUAAAGAGUUGUUACUGUCUGACAAGCUGAGUUGGAUCAUGCUUCCUGUCAUCGGGAUUCCACAAGUACUCUCCCACAUUCAGGUAUUCUCAAGUAAUGAGUUAAUCAUGUCAGUGGCCGAAGCGAAAAGACCUGACGCAACCACUGUUAUGUUCCAAGUGACCAUCCUCUCUCUUGCCCCCACCACCCAGGGUGAGCGACAGCUCUACGUCUACGUCUACUCUCCCCUCACUGGCCAGAACAUUACAGUACCUGUGCUUCUGAAUGUGAGAGGAGGGACGAUAUCAGCUCCUUGUAUUGUCCAACCGGCUGCCAUCUGGUACACUUACCUGGAGUCUUUGUGGGGCACAGCGACUUCUCUCAUCUCCAUCUUUGUCAUCAUCGUUGUCCUCUGGUAUUCAAAUAUAUUCAAUUGGACCAGACUAAUGUACCCCCCGCCUUCGGUUUUAUGCUACAAGCACACCAAACACUACACCAAUAUAUCGUAA